GAAGCUCAUCCCCGGAAGUAAGUAGGCCAACCGGAAAGAGCCAAGAAGGAAAGGAGACGCCCCACUCUUGCUACGGUGGCCUGAAAGGAGUGCCGGAAGCGAAACGAAGAGUCGGGGACCUGCUGGCCAGUUAUAUCCCAGAGGACGAGGCGCUGAUGCUACGGGAUGGACGAUUUGCUUGUGCCAUCUGUCCCCACCGACCUGUACUGGACACCUUGGCCAUGCUAACUGCCCACCGUGCAGGCAAGAAACAUCUGUCCAGCCUGCAGCUUUUCUAUGGCAAGAAGCAGCCAGGAAAGGGAAUGGAGCAGAAUCCAAGACAGCAGAAUGAAUUGAGGAGAGAAGAGACCAAAGCUGAGGCUCCUCUGUUAACCCAGACUCGACUUAUCACCCAGAGUGCUCUGCACAGAGCUCCUCACUAUAACAGUUGCAGCCGCCGGAAGUACAGACCAGAAGUCCCUCGUUCUUCCGUCUCCCAUUCCCCUUUGCCACCCCCAGAGGUUGAACUCCAAAGUGGGCAGAUCAGUAGAGAACUUGAGCCUGGGGCUGGCCUACAGGCCAAGGAGUCAGCAACUGUCUCAUCCCCUGCACCUAUGAGCCCCAAGAGAAGACGAGCCUUGGACCAUUACCUCACCCUUCGAAGCUCUGGAUGGAUCCCAGAUGGACGAGGUCGAUGGGUAAAAGAUGAGAAUGUUGAAUUUGACUCUGAUGAGGAGGAACCCCCUGACAUCCCCUUGGACUGACACCCCCCUCUCCCCAUUCAAUUCAAAUAAACUACAGUGGGCACUGGGAGCCUAACUUUC